GUGAAAUUUUCAAAGGAAUGUGUUUGUAAAUGGACAUAAAAGGUGUUGAAACAAAAAAUAAAAAUUUGAUAAAAAUUGCUAAGCAGGGAGAAAACAUGUUUUCUUUGAUUUCAUUAUUUUGACGAGAGCCUGAUUCCACCACGCUGCCUCUCAUUUUACAAUCACAGUAUCAUCAGCCAUGCACAACCCUGACGAACCGGAAGCCCCGGUCAACACACUGAAGGUGGCGAUGACCAAUGGUCAAGGCUUAAUGUCUUACAGCGGACUGACCAGUCGGAGCACGUUAAGGCCAACUGGUGUCGUCCAAAGACCCGUGUCCGCAGAGGAGAGAGGGGCUCAGUCGACUCGCCAGCCAACGACAGCCUCAAAGAAAAAGUGUAGACUCUUGGGACAAGUCACAGCCGGUGCUGAACUGAAAUCUUUCAGCAACCCUAAGGUUGACGCCUGGACCAUGACAUAUCCAACGGAUACACACAAAGUAACUGAUACACACACCGUUACUGAUACACACACCGUAAAUGUUGCUCACACAGUAACCACUGAAGAAAGCCAGAACAAAAGCAACAGCAAGAAGGCUGACGUAAAACAGGAAGAAGCCACGACCACAACGACUGACAUAGAUCCUCAGCCUCAACCAAAAGAGGGGGGCGUUGAGCCCUCCGUCGAGGCUAUAUCCCACGAAUCACUGAAGUAUGUCCCUGUGACAUCCUACAAGAUAUUCCACCAUGACUGCAAGCCGCCGCCCCGACCACACUCUGCAGGGCCCCCAUCGGUUGUUGUUAACCCAAAACACACUUCCCCUGUAGGCCUCAACGACAGGGACAUGGUGAUAGGGACCAAACUGACGCCUUUGAAUCAUACACACAGGCACACAGAAAGCGCCGACGGUUUAAAUGAUUCGAUGUCGACAACGGAAGGGGGGUUGCCUCAGGAAAACGUGAUUGAUUCCUGUGACAUUCACCAAAAUCACGCCCCUUUUCAAUUACCUUAUAGAGACACAAAGAGUGCAGGCGCAGUAGCGUCGCGGAAUAUAGCUAAAGGUCUGACCAAGUUGAUACAAACACCGCGCCCGUUCACUUCUCCGCCAGGCAGUAGGGAUGUGUCUCUCGAACUGACCAUCCUAUCGAUAAAACCGUCAAAUCGAUUUAAGCACCAAGAACGAUGUGAUGAUGAAUAUGGUGAUGAGAAUGAGCACGACUAUGAAGACGAGGAGGAGGAUGGUGUGGAGGAAGAAAAUGUUCUUAAAAGUAAACGGACUAGAAUCAACAAAAGGAGUUCCAGUGGUGUACACAACCACCAGACAGUUCCUCUCGAGACAGAUACAAUUGAAGGAAUCAAGCGUACUUAUACUAGAGCGAAAUCCGCUCCUCCAGCGCAGAGAUUUAUACAUUCAAAACGGACAUCUCCUAUAGUCUCCGAAGUGGGUAAAUCAUUCUCAAAUCUCUACUGGCGAACGCGCUCGGCGUACCACAAACGUCAGAUCGACCCCGGAAUGUUGCCACAAGAAGGGUCAGGUGUGUCCGUUCUAAUGUCUACAUCCCCGCAGUUGAAGGGUUCUCUACUUCGCCCUCUACUGUUUUCAGAAGAAAACGGCAUAAUGAAACACAGCGCGGGAUGCCCUUACAAGUGCAAAAGCUGUUUCAAAGCCUGUCUUGCUUCUGAGGACUACAUAAAGGACACUAAAGGAAGACUGGGAUCAGCUCCGGUGUUCCGGGAAGUAAAACGACACUCUUCCUGGAAGCAGAACAACAGUCCUAGACUAGACGCAAUUGCUAUUGUGAACCGAGCGUUAUGUAGAUCACAACCACUUUUCAAACGUGUGUACGGAGAUGUGGAGGUUAAUAGUAAAUCUCGCCCGUGGCCUGUCAAAGAGUGGGUGGACUUGAAACCGGCCCCUACUCCUCCUCCACAGUGUGCAGAAAAGCAUUGAAAAAGAGGCAAACUUAUCUGGCCUCAGUUAAAACCCACUUUAACAGACGUUUAUACACUGUUCGUUUUUCAAUUGAUUUGGAAUUCCCAUUUACUCAGGAGUCAGAAACUUAAUCUUUUGUGCAGAUUUUUAAGUGAUGCCGAUGUAUUUUGGACAAGGUUAUAACAAUUAUCAUGCUUGAUUGAGUGUGUGAGUGCGUGUGUAUGUGUUUGUCUGUGUGUGUGUGUGUGUGUGUGUAUGUGUGUGUGUGUG